GUUUCCCCUCCCCUGGUGGCUAGGGGGGAACCAAGUUCAUCCCAAACCACAAUUGCUGCCUGCGCUGGCGGCUCCCGGCCCGGCGGAUGUGCUGGAAAUAUCCGUGGCGGGGCCGCGGGCCCCUCCCGGCGGGCGCAGCACCCUAUAAAGCCGCUCGGGGCUCGGGGGGCUGCACCCAGCCCAGCGCCCGCGCAGGGAGGCAGCAUGAAGCCCCUCGUCCUGCUGAGCCUCCUGGCUCUCCUCGCCCUCGGCCUCUGCCGCAGAGCUGCUGAGCGCUCCAUCAGCGCCGAUGACUCGCCCAGCUCCGAAGCCUUCAUCUCCAAACGCGCCAGCGCCGCGGUGGUGCGCAGACACAAGCGGAAUUACGUCUAUGACAGCGUCUAUGGCGUCGUGCGGGACCCGCUGGAGGCCAAGCGCGAGGUGUGCGAGUUCAACCCUGACUGCGACGAGCUGGCGGACCACAUCGGCUUCCAGGCUGCGUACCAGCGCUUCUACGGCCCCGUCUAGCCCCCCGCCGCCCCCCCGGUGCCAGAGCUGAGCGCCCCCACCUCCCCCCGCAGCCACACCCCCCCCCCUUGGCAUCCCUUCCCGUUAACCGUGCAAAGAAAUAAACGCAC